UUGAGACUUCUGUAUGCCUCUUGCUCUUGACGGUGUAUCUGCGUCUACCGCCAUGAACCCAUCACUUGAAUACGUAUUACGGCUGGCGUCCUCGCAUGCGAACUGCCAGAUUCUGCGCGACCGACAUCUCCCUGAUGCCGAAGAGGCCCGCACGAUAACCAACAUAUCUUCCAUCAUACUCGAAGAAAGGGCGCAUAUUGGCGCGGAGAUCCAGCGCUUGGAGAGCUUGCGUACCAUGCUCACCGCCCAACUGGAAGUCAGCCGCGCCGUGCUCGCGCCAGUGCGGCGGCUGCCGGCCGAGCUGCUCGCUGAAAUAUUCACCUUGGUUGCUGAGGACGAUGUGUCCUUCCACAACAUCCAGGUCUGCCACUCGAUUCUGCAGACGUGCACGACCUGGCGUGCUGUAGCCCUCGGCACGCCCCGUCUGUGGAAUCACAUUGUCCUCUACAAUGGCCGAGUCACUCGCAAUACCUUGCAUGCUCUGGACUUCCGCCUCUCCAUCAUCGCCUCCGUGCCUCUUCAUCUCACCCUCGGCGGCCCGCUUUGGAGACGACCCAAGCUCUGGCGCCUCCUGCUCUCGCGCGCCACGCAGUGGGGCUCGCUCAUCUGGCGCGGCUCCGCCUACAACACCUUCCCCUCCGACACACCCACCAUGCAGCUCUCCGCCCUCGAGUCCGUCGCGCUCGAGUUCACGCGCGAGUCCGCGGACGUCCCGCCGCCGAUGGUCCCACUCGACCUCUUCACCUGCGCGUGGAACGUGCGGCGGCUGACGCUCAAGGUGCACGACCCCGUCAUCGCGGGGCUCAAGAUCCCGCAAUUGUGGCACCUCACGCACCUGUGCUUGAUGGUCAACACGGAGUUCGAGGCGAACCCCCGGGACUGGGAGCUCAUUGCGAGGAUGCUGCAACAAUGCCAUCUGACGCUGGAGAGCCUCGACAUCAGUUCGACGCGCCCUCGCCAGUCUGCGGAUCCGUUUACCGAUAUCGCGACACCCUUCGUCUUUCCGCAUCUGGCCUGGCUCAGGCUGUCGAGAUACACGGACUGGCUCCUCGAGCACAUUCGCGCGCCGCCGCUCGAGCAUCUCACGCUCAGAGCCAUAUCGCUCUGGCCGUUGUCGUCGACGCGGCUGGCAGCCUUCGCCCAGCACUCGCCUUCGCUGCGUCGAUUGAGUCUCGAGAACGUGCGCCAGCGGUACUCCGUUGACAGCGCUCGGCUAGUGGACUGCCUUCGGACUCUGCCUCGCAUCGCGCAUCUUUCCAUCUGUAAGCUAAGCGAGCAGUGGCUGCCCUCGGUCGACUUGCCGUGGUUGGAGAUGUCGAUGUCUCUCAUGGACGCAUUGACGUGCAGCGCGGGCGCGCCAGUCCUGCUGCCGGAGCUCAGAGAACUAGACGUGAGGUAUGAAAACGCCAUACAGGAUGAGAAGGAUGGAACCCUUCAGAAACUACGCGAGGAGACGCAGAAGAUGUUGCUUUCGAGGAAGGAGGGACAGGCGGAGGACGAACACAGGAUUGUGGCACUAACCAAGCUUACUACGAAUAUACCUGGUCUCUGA